CAGACGAUCAGACCCCAACCGAACCAUCUCUCUUCUUCCUCGUUGCGACCCCAAGAGCAAAGCCAUGGCCACCAUCACCACCAUGGCCUUCAUGGCCACCUUCCCGACUCCCAGAACCGUCGCGCAGCCCUCGGCAACACUGCCGCCUCGUCAGAACCUCGUGUCGUUCGCGGCCAUGUCGGUGCGCGCACGCGGGCGUCGGCUGGUGGCCGUGGCGGGCUCGGCGUCCACGCCGCCGGAGCUGGCGAAGAAGGUGACGGAGAGCAUCAAGCAGGCCGAGGAGACGUGCGCGGGGGACCCGGUGAGCGGCGAGUGCGUCGCGGCGUGGGACGAGGUGGAGGAGCUCAGCGCGGCCGCCAGCCACGCGCGCGACCGCAACAAGGACAGCGACCCGCUCGACGAGUUCUGCGAGGAUAACCCCGCGGCCGACGAGUGCCGCACCUACGAGGACUAGCCGAGUGUGCGAGCUCGUGCCAGCUCCCUGGCAUAGCCGUCAGCGUGAGCUACCGCAUUGGUAAUUUGGAUCUUGGGCGUGUAAGCUUGGUGUUUUUUUGUUUAAUUUGGCUUGGCUUGCAAUAAUGCGAGGUUCAUUUGUUUGGUAAACUACAAGAUACUAGUAAGCGUUACAAGAAUUUCACACUGCAAA